AUGAAGAGCAAAGUGAGUAAACAGAACAUAUUCAUGCGAAUUCUUGCAUUACCAUGGAAAGCUUUAACAAAAGCAAGAGAUUGUUACGUGAACAAAAUGACAACUUACGCGAUGGUGAAUCCUCGAACGUUGCCAAAGAGUUAUAAUAGAAGUGUUAGCAGCUUAUCGAGGUCUAUUAAUAAUGACAGUGAAGAUUUCAGAGAGUUAGUUAGAGCAGCAUCUGCAAGAACCAUGAGGGAUAAUAAUUUUGACUUGAAUUUUCUUGUGCAACAACAUAUAAGGCAACAAAUGCCAUCGAGGAAAUUAGUGACAAGGAGUUGUAGUGUGGGAAUGGCAAGAAUUGAUGAAGAAAAUUCUUGUGUUUUAGGAGAGGGUGAAGAAGAUGCUUUGUUGAAGAAAGAUUUGAAGUAUCCAAGAAGUAGAAGUUAUGGGAUUAUGAAGAAAAAUAAUGGUGUCUUUUGA